AGUCCGUGCGCAGCACCAGUAGCUCCUGGCUGCCGCGUCAGGAACCUCCGCUAGGAGUUUUGCGAUUGCCAGCUGGGAGGAUCGGAAGGUAAAGUACAGGCGAGAGCUGCUUCUGGGCUCCUGCUCGCCUCUCCAAACCAGAGGAAACAGCGGUCGAUUGGGAACCGUGCCGGGCACGGCAGGGAAGAGAGCGCGGGAGCGGGAGAUUGCGCUCCAGAGCGGCUCUUUCCGACCCCGCUCCGCUAUUCCAGCUAGACAUUUCCACGAAGCUCCAUGGGCAUAAAGGAGUUCGACCGGGAUCUUCACUUUCGGAUAUGGGGACUUCCCUCUCCGGACUUAGAGGGGCAAGAACUGGGAAGAUGAGAAGCUGCUGAAGGUGCUCCUGCAGCGGGUGCGAGCUGAAAGCCAGGCGCGCGAGAGAGGGGGCGGUGUCCCUCUCCAGCCGCCAGGUCGGCCCCUGAACCCCUUCCCCAGUCUCCGCCAGCCACGCGCACCGAGGGAUCUCCGGGUGUGUUAUGGUUCCCGGAGUGCUUUGCUCAGUACCGCUUGUCUGGGAGCGGCCGCCCCAAGGUCGCCUUUCCUGCCUUUUCGUUUCUAAGAGGGACUCGUUGCCUCGGGCUCUGCCUCCCGGCCAAAGCGAAGGUGUUUCCCCUCCUCCGGGCUGGGAUAAUUGCGCCCUCGGGUUCCCUCGUCGUGUCCACGUUUCCAGCAUCCGCGGUCUCCCUCGGAUUUAUGACAAAGCGACUCCCGCGCGAGAUGCUGAAGUUCCUCCACAGCCAAGAGUUUGCGGGGCGACCAAGUGGGGCUAGAAGGCCCUGCUUCGCGAAGUGACUUGGCAGAGGAGGAGAACCGAAGAGUCAGUUUUGGAUUCCGCUGGGCUUCUCCGCCUCCCGUUGGUGCCGGCCAGGAGCGGGUGGACUGCGGGGCUGUUUACCUCAGCCCAAUCCCUUCGGCAGACCGCUCUUUUUCUUGUCCUUUGGUCUUUCAAAACUCCUUCCCCCCUUCUCCCCCCCCCGUUCCUGACCAGUUGCUGUAGCGAGGUGACAGCGAGUUGGCACUUAGUUCGGGGCUCGUCUGUUAGUAGCACCCACCCCCUUGACACUCUACGCCUGACUUCCCAGCGGAGCGCGUCUUCCGUGUCUCCCGAAAUCUUUAUCUCUUUUCUUUCUCUCUCGCGCGCGGGCACACAAAACUUCUCUAAUCGCUGCCUCUGUCAAUCCAGGCAGCCAGAAGAGGGGCGGGCAGCCUGCGUAGUUGACGGAGCCUCCAAAUCGGGGGCAAGAGCCGCCGCGGCUCUCCGCCCGGCCGCCCUCCCGCCUCGUGGUGCCAUGUGGCGGGGCCGGCCUUCGCAGCUGCUGGCGGCGCCCGGAGGGCGGCUUCUGCUGCUGCUCCUGCUGGUUGGACUGAGGGCGCGGGGGGCGCUGGCCAGCGGCGAGUAUUGCCACGGCUGGCAGGAUGGGGCGUCCUGGCGGGAAGGUUUCCAGUGUCCGGAGCAUUUUGACGACGGCGACGCCACCAUUUGCUGCGGCACCUGCGCGCUUCGCUAUUGCUGCUCUCGGCCGGAGGUCCGCCUGGAUCAAGGCGUGUGCGACAACGACCGACAACAGGGCGGAGCGGAGCACGGCCGGCCGGACAAAGACGUGCCAGACAGCGCGGCAGUGCCUAUUUAUGUGCCAUUCCUUAUUGUGGGCUCUGUUUUUGUGGCAUUCAUUAUUCUGGGAUCCCUCGUAGCUGCUUGCUGUUGCCGGUGCCUGCGACCCAAGCAAGAACCACAACAGAGCCGGGCUCCUGGAGGGAAUAGGAUAAUGGAGACAAUUCCCAUGAUUCCAAGUGCCAGCACUUCCCGUGGAUCCUCCUCACGUCAAUCAAGCACAGCUGCCAGCUCCAGUUCAAGUGCCAACUCUGGUGCCAGGGCUGCCCCCACCAGAUCACAAGCUAACUGCUGUUUACCAGAGGGGACCAUGAAUAAUGUAUAUGUCAACAUGCCAACUAAUUUCUCAGUGCUGAACUGCCAACAGGCCACACAGAUAGUGCCUCAUCAAGGGCAGUAUUUGCACCCCCAGUAUGUGGGGUAUGCUGUGCAACAUGACUCUAUGCCCAUGGCCUCUGUCCCACCUUUCCUGGAUAGCCUGCAAAGCGGGUACAGACCAGUUCAGUCGCCAUAUCCCCACAGUAAUAGUGAACAGAAAAUGUACCCUGCAGUGACUGUGUAGCUCUUCAGGAGGGAAGGAAGGAAGAAAUCAAAACAGUCAACAGUGAUGCAUCAAGCAAAGGAGUAGUAACAACAAACUCUACAAAGCAACAAUUUGUAAAUAAUUUUGGAAAACCUGUGCUUCAGACAGUAUUUAUUCCUGGUUUUCACUGGAUACAGUAGCAAAAAGCUGUACGAAGGAACUAGAAAUGGUAUUUUUAGGUAAUGCCUCCAUUCCAGUGUAUAAUUUAUAAUGGCUAAGAAUUACGCUGAAGGAGGCACUGAUAUUUCUAUUACCAAACUUGCAUAAAUGAUUAAAUGCCCCUCAGGUACUUCCCAUCAGCAGUAUUUGCCUAUUGAAUAGAAGACAUUUUGUAAUUUGACAAAGACAAUAUUUUAGGAGUGUCUUGUUUUUAACCUUUUUGUCCUUGGUACAAUGACUCUUCAUAUUGCUGUACUGACAAUCAUGCUUCACAGUAGUAGGUUAAAUGGUGCAAUGCUUGUUAAUUACAGUCCUAGGAACUUAUUGGUUAGCUCAGUGGUAAAAUUGUAGUCAUUCCACUGUAGGAAGUCCAUAUUCAUAUCCUGGUAUCCAUCUUCCUCCCCCCUUCUCUUGAGUUCUGCAGCAGUUGAUUUGAGAGAUCUUCUGCUGGAGAAUCUGGAGAGCCAUAAAAAUGGGCAAAUAAACUGAUCUCAUGUGGCAGCUUCAUAUGUUUUCUUUUCUCAUAAUGCUUAUUUUCCAAUGGACUUGAAGUUUUGAUUUAUAGACUGGGAUUUUAAGGAAAUAAACCAGCCAUGCUCGUUUCAGAAACAAGGAAAAUGGGAUUUAUUUCAUAACCUCCUUUUCCAGAUAGCAAGUCCUCAUUACUCCAUAAAAAUUGCCUUUCAAAAUGUUCUCACUAAGCCAGGGGUAGGCCCUACCCCUACACUAAGCAGUCAGCCACUGUGACAAACCUCCUCAGGAGCAUGAUUAUGUCUGUGUAGUCCCUUGGAUUAUGGCCAUGGUCAAUGCAGAAAUAUUAUUUAUCUCAGGCAUUUUCAGAUCACAGUAAAUUAUUCCAAAUAAAAUACCCAUGAAAGCCCUAAUAUCUGUUUUAUUAAUCUGUGAAUUUCAGUGUUUGCUCACAAAGGCUACUGCAUCCUUUGAAAACUGCAUGUGGGAAUGUCAGUAAUAUGAGAUUUGUGGAUAGUAGCCAAUACUUCAUCGAACAUGUUCCUAACUCCUUUUAUAUUUGAAUGAAAUACAAAAGUCACAUCUAUAUCAAGACUUGACAUGGGCCUGAGAAAGGGGAUUCCUAUUUAAUAUGAGUAAAAAAUAACCACAUGCUUGGAAAAUCCUAUACAAGUUUCAACAUGGAGUCCAAAGGAAGAUUUAAAUUAACAACCACAAGAAGAAUUAUAAAUUAACAAUAACAUUAUAAAAACAUUACAAUGAGACUGUGACAGUCCACAGACAUGUAAACAUAUUUUGGAUAGAUUGGAUAGUUCUUUAUGGAAGUUAAAAAGUUUUAAAUGGCAUUAAAUCAAAAAGUAUAUUGCCCUAUACUAACUGAUCUUUUACAAUAUCUCAUCACCCUAGUGUUACAGUAUAUUUAAUAAUUUCCUAUAGAGGUUUAUUAGCAGUGACAUUGCAUUUGAUUAAUAAAUUAGCUCUUAGCUUGAAAAUAUCUUUUUGGUCUGAAUAGAUCAAUUUGGCUUAAAAAUAUGCGGUGCUUUGGAGCUAAUUGGAUUAGAUUCACUAUCUUCUCAGAGGUAGAAUAAGUUUUUCUAGCUGAAACUAAAGUUGAUGAUCUUGGGCUGCAAUCCUCUAUAUACAGAAUUAGAAGUAACUCCAGUUGAUAUCAGUUGGGCUUACUUCUAAGUGCAUAGAGCUGCACUUUCUCAUCCUGAAAUUCAUUGCACAUGUCCUGUAACUUAGGUGAAAAUCAGGUGAAUCUUUUGUUUACUUAUUUGGAAAAAAAAUAAGUUAAAUUGAAAGUAUUGUAGAAACUAAUUUGCAACUAUUUGGGAGAAAUGCUUUUCAUUGAGAAAUUUAUGAAUGGGAGAAAGUUCAUUUUAUAUUUGUUGAUUUAGAUUAAACAUAAAGGCUUGAAUUAUGGAAUCAAAUUGUUUCUGAAUGUCACAAUAGUGGUAUACAAUAGAAGAAUCGCAUGUCUGAGAAUAAAUGGAACACUUAGUAAAUGAUUCAACACUAAGCAGAAAAUAAAACUUUCCUCAAGGAUGUGUGAUAUAGUAGGAGUGAUGCACUUAAGAACUGUAGUAAGGCAAGAAAAGAGAAAGUAAAAUGUAUGAGUGAUGAAUGAAUGUUAUUGAAUAUGAAAGUGAGUGACCAGUAUGAAAGUAGUAUAUUGAGGUGGUAUGUACGUAUAGUGAGAAUGAAUGAGGAUCCAAUUGCAGAAGGAACUACGAAAUAAGAAUGAUUGGUUGAGACAAAGGCUAACACCUACAAAACUGUUUUAUGUUUGAAUUGAUGAGAUCCUCAGAAAAACAUGAAGUAUAAGGAACAAAAGGCAAUGUAUGAAGCAGCGUAUGAAUAUGAAGCAAGCAAGGACGGUAUGCAAACAGAAAAACCUGGGGGAAUUAAAUGAAUAGUAUUGGUAUAAGCUAGUUUUCAUUAUGUUUUUUUUAAUGUAAUUCUUUUAAUCUCUUUGAUUUAUUAGGUCUUUUCUGUGCUCUGCAUAACUUUGCUAACCCUGAAAGGGAAAAACAUAAUGUGUAUUUAUGUAUAUACAGGGAAAUGCUUUGAGCUGUAAUAAAAAUGAUUUGUGAUGUGGUGUUUUUUACGUCAUGUAAAAUAAGUAAAAUAUUGUUAAUGUUCAGUUUAAUUUUUAAAAUUUCUUAAAGAGCAUUUGAGUGAUUCUUA